AAAGCCGGCCAGUCUCUCUCUCUCUCUAAGCUCUUUCUUCCCCUACCUGUUCUUCUUGAAGAACUAAAACCUGUGAAUUUAGAGAGAUAAAUCAAUCAUUUAUCAACUCAAUAAUCGAAUCGAUUAUCUGAAAUCUGAACAUUGUGAUCGAUAACUCUUCUUCGUCUUAAGUUUAGCGGCGGGCAAUGAUCUUCAGCUCAGAUCUCUGAUCCUGGUGAAUAACACAUACAAUUAUGUCAUCCAAUCCAAUAGAAACUACUCCUGCUGUCGAAAGGGAAGAAGAUGGAACAAACAACAUCUCUUCUGUUAUUAACUCUGAUACUCCUCCUCUAGAGGAUCACAAUGACGAGUUUGAAGAUCAUCAAAACUCUACUGAAGAUGCGCACAAGCAAUUGGUGGUUUAUGACUCUACUAUGAAUACUGACCCUAUUAAUUUCCAUCUUGCAAAUGCUGAAAGAAAAUCGUUCCCAAAUCAGUCUUCUAGAGUAUUGCCAGCUGUGGGUGCUUUUACAGUCCAAUGUGCUAACUGUUUCAAAUGGAGGCUCAUCCCAACUAAGAAAAAGUAUGAGGAAAUACGUGCAUUUAUUAUGGAACGACCUUUUAUCUGUGAAGCUGCUUGUGAGUGGCGGCCUGAAAUAUCUUGUGAAGAUCCACCUGAUAUUACUCCUGACGGUAGUAGGGUCUGGGCAAUUGAUAAGCCUAGUAUUGCUCAGCCUCCUCCUGGAUGGCAACGGCUUCUGAGGAUCAGAGGUGAAGGUGGAUCCAAGUUUGCAGAUGUGUACUAUGCGGCACCAUCAGGCAAGAGAAUGCGGUCAAUGGUUGAAGUUCAAAGGUUCUUGCUGGAACAUCCUGAAUAUGUUGAAGCUGGGGUGAAACUGUCACAAUUCUCAUUUCAAGUACCAAGACCAUUGCAGGAAAAUUAUGUGAGAAAGCGCCCUGCUCGAUUGAGUGCUCCAAUAGAUGAAUCUUCAAAUGCUAAACCCUUAGCCCUGUUGGGCCCAAACGAGGAUACUCAGGAAAAUGAGAAUGGUAGAUUGCCUGAGCAAGGAGUUUCGAAUAAGAAAGCAAAGACAUCUUCAUCUAGGCAUAACAAUGGAAGUGUUUAUGAUCAUCUGAAGAAUUUCGGAACUCCCGAAUGGAGAAAUGGUACUUUCUGAUCCAUCAUCCAUCGCUCUUAGUUGUUGACAUGCCCCUUAUUUUGUUUUUUUUUGGAUAAUUCAAUCUGCCAGAUAUAUACUGUGUAUGUGUUGUAGUGAUGAUAUCUUUAUGUUGAGCUAUAAUGAAGUAGAAGUGAAGAUGAUGAUGUUGUAUCUGACUGUUAUGUAUAAAAAGGAAACUUAUCUUUUUUGGUUUA